AUGGUCUCCUUCGAUGUGACGUCGUUAUUCAUAUCCAUCCCACCAAACGUGGCCCACGAAGUCUUGCGCAAGAGACUUGAAGAGGUGUACGAUGAGACUCAGAAUGCCCUCAAAAUUGAACACCUCAUGAGGCUGUUUGAAUUCUGCCAACAAACUUUCUUCACUUUUGCGGGAGAGACCUAUGAACAAAUCAAGGGAGCCCCAAUGGGCUCACCGGUCUUCGGUUUGGUGGCAGAACUGGUCCUACAGGAGUUGGAAAAGAUUGCCUUCCUCCAACAUGAACCGGUGUUUUGGCGACGUUACGUUGACGACACGUUCGUCAUCGUAAAGAAGGACAUGCUGCAACAUUUUCACAGCCUGCUCAACGCAGUCUUCCCGGAUAUAAAAUUCACGAGGGAAGAAGAACAGGAGCAGCAGUUGCCCUUCCUGGAUGUGCUCGUCAGACGAAACCUUAACGGUGAACUUGAAACGACGGUUUAUAGGAAGGCAACGAACAUCACACAGCUUCUCAGUUUUCACAGCAACCAUCCGGUGGCUCACAAACAAAGCUGUGUGAAGACACUCUUCAAACGGAUCCAAACUCAUUGCAGCAAACUGGAAGAUAGAGCGCGUGAGGCCCGUUAUCUCCGCGACCAGUUUGUGCAAAAUGGCUAUCCGAGGACAUUCAUAAGUCGCUGCCUACACGGUCGCCACCAGAGAACUCAAACAUCAACGCCACCAACGGUAUGGCAUUCUCUGCCAUACAUCAAGGGUGUUUCAGAAGCGACCGAGCGCAUUGCUGCGGAGCUAGGGGUUGGAAUUGCACACCGCCCCAAAGCCACCAUGCGCAACAGGGUCAUGAAAAUCAAAGACCGGUGA